GCAUAGUUUUUUUUGGGAAAAGACCAAGCUGCAUAUUAUUAAGUAAUAGUCAGGUAUUAGUAAUCAGCCCCGAAAAGCAGAGGGAGAAAAUGGCUGUAAACGACGACGUAAGAUGAGCCAGAGAUACAAAGCGGUGCGUUUUAAGUACAAGCACGCAGCAAAAUGUUAAAUAAACAGGAAAAUUCGCAAAGUAAGAAUUUGAGCGGGGGAAAAAUGGUGAGAUUGAGUAGAACGCUAUUGAAAGAAGCAGGAAAUGGAAUUAACAAGACUCUAUCAGAGAUUCUUGUCUGCCCACUUUCUAAGCAACCCUUAAGGAUCUGUGAAGCAACUAAUUCUCUUAUCAGUGAUGCUAUUGGUGUCUCUUAUCCUGUAAGUCGUAAUAAGUUUCUGUCACUUUAUUCUACUUUUAAAACCCCUUUGGCCAGCUUGGAAUUACUGAUAAAAGAUGGGAUCCCUUGCUUGGUUCCAUUGGAUGGCAAGAUUCUUGAAACUGAUGAAGAGAAAAAACAAGAUUCUGUUGCUACUGAUUCAUCUUUCACAAAACAGUGAGGUAGUCAAUAAAGCUCAAGUUAUUGAAAUAUUGUGUAACUUGAAAGGAGCUACUUUUUAUUAGGUUUGUUUGAUUGUGGUGAAUUGCUUCUUUCCAUCAAAGAAAGACUUUCUUUUUUCUUCCUUCAACUAUAUUUAUAAGGUACUUGCAGUCAACAAUAGCAAGAGUAAAGUCAUUAUCUUGUAACCACUGACUAUUUUCUUAUAAAAUUUCUGUUACGGAGAAA